GCGAGGAGGAGGGUCGGGGACGAAAGCGCUGAGCACGGACCCCGCCCCCUCGCGGCCCCGCUCGUGACGUCGCUGGGGGCGCCGGCCUCCGCCCAGCCCCGAGGGGCUGUCCCCGGAGGCUCAGCCCCCUCUGCUCCCCAUGGACAACUGCCAGGCAGGGCACAACCUGCACCUGUGUCUGGCCCACCACCCACCUCUGGUCUGUGCCACUUUGAUCCUGCUGCUCCUUGGCCUCUCUGGCCUGGGCCUUGGCAGCUUCCUCCUCACCCACAGGACUGGCCUGCGCAGCCCUGAUAUCCCCCAGGACUGGGUCUCUUUUUUGAGAUCUUUUGGCCAGCUGACCCUGUGUCCCAGGAAUGGGACAGUCACAGGGAAGUGGCGAGGGACUCACGUCGUGGGCUUACUGACCACCUUGAACUUCGGAGACAGUCCAGACAGGAACAAGACCCGGACAUUCCAGGCCACAGUCCUGGGAAGUCAGAUGGGAUUGAAAGGAUCUUCUGCAGGACAACUGGUCCUUAUCACAGCCAGGGUGACCACAGAAAGGACUGCAGGAACCUGCCUGUAUUUUAGUGCUGUUCCAGGAAUCCUACCCUCCAGCCAGCCACCCAUAUCCUGCUCAGAGGAGGGGGCUGGAAAUGCCACCCUGAGCCCUAGAAUGGGUGAGGAAUGUGUUAGUGUCUGGAGCCAUGAAGGCCUUGUGCUGACCAAGCUGCUCACCUCGGAAGAGCUGGCUCUGUGUGGCUCCAGGCUGCUGGUCUUGGGCUCCUUCCUGCUUCUCUUCUGUGGCCUUCUCUGCUGUGUCACUGCUAUGUGCUUCCACCCGCGCCGGGAGUCCCACUGGUCUAGAACCCGGCUCUGAGGGCACUGGCCUAGUUCCCGACUUGUUUCUCAGAUGUGAAUCAACUUCUCGGGCCUUGGCUCUGGGUUGGAAAAGGUUUUAGAAAAAGUGAAGAGCUGGAAUGUGGGGGAAAAUAAAAAGCUCUUUUGCCCA